AUGUUGGGCCCCCUUCUAGAGUCGUGGGAAUGGAUCAAGGCCCACAAUCCACGCUCGCUCUUCAAGAAGAAGCACCGCCUUAAUUUCAUCACCAUACAUUAUCUUUAUAUCCUGUUUAUCACGAUUGUCGGAUCAAUCCUUCUAUACCCAGCCGGAGGUUUGGCAUACAUUGACGCCCUUUUCUUCGCUAGCGGAUCCGCCACGCAAAGCGGUCUCAAUACGGUUAACAUCAAUGAUCUCAAUACAUACCAGCAGCUUGUUUUCUAUUUCCUGGGAAUGAUCUGUACGCCAAUAUUCAUAAAUACGUUCGUCGUCUUCGUCCGGUUAUACUGGUUUGAGCGCCGUUUCCAAAACGUUGUGAGGGAAGCCCGCAACUUUCGACGCACUCGGUCGCGGACCAGAACGGAGCUCAAGGACGACGCGGAUCCUAGUUGCACGGAGAAGGGUGUCCGAGGUCGUAGUAUUGUCGUUUUGCACAAUGGUAAUGCGCUUAGGCAAAGGCGUGAAAUGAGCGACCAGACAGAGAAGCCUGAUCUUGCCGAAGAUCUUGGUAGCGAAUCCUCUUCAAGUGAAAGAGGGAGGACUGAAGCUGUCGAUCAUGCUAUCACCUUACCGCCCUUGAACCCGCCAACUUUCCGUCGCGACGUCACAUUUGCAGACGAAGUGGAGAGCCCAGAGGCAAAUGAAGCGGCGCCACAAAUGUUACCGCAACGCUUGAGUCCCGAACAACAUAUCGCCAUUCUGGAGAAUCAAAGGAAUCCAAAAGACAAAGGAGCGCUCCGAAUUCCUGGCCCCCGUGAUUUUGACCGCGGGAGUGUGCCGGAGCCUCUAGACUUAGACGAUGAUGGUGGGCAAAUAGAUCAUCAAGUCACGAGUCCUGUCGAGCGACGAGGGAUGCUCAAUGGCACUUCGAUGAAGCGAAACGUCACUAUCGAUGAGCCUCACCAUCCUCGCGAACGCGCAAAUUCAGCAGCCUAUCCCAAGCUAUCCUCUCGGAAAAGUGGUACCCUGGAGAAUCUGAAGAUGUCGCCUACAGAUGAAGUAGCGCUCCCGUCCGGCCGUACAAAAGGUCGCACGGGUACAUUCUCCAGCCUCAAAGGAUGGGCUUCAAAGGAGAACGAACCAGCCACACCGUACCUUAGCUGGCAGCCCACAAUAGGAAGGAACUCAGCCUUCGUAGAUCUGACUGAGGAUCAGAGGGAAGAACUGGGAGGAAUCGAAUAUCGCUCCUUGAAGACCCUAACCGUUGUUCUUGUCUCUUAUUAUCUCACAUUCCAUCUUCUCGGCGUGGUUAUCCUCCUCCCUUGGAUAGUGCGUAGUAGCACGUGGGGACCUGUUGUAGAUGGCGAUGGCCAGUCAAGGGUCUGGUGGGGCAUCUUCACUCCCGCAUCCAUGUUCAAUGACCUUGGCUUCACACUUACCGCGGAUUCUAUGGAGUCGUUCCAAACAGCUAUUGUACCACUUCUACUUGGAGCUUUUCUCAUUGUCAUUGGGAACACAGGAUUCCCCUGCAUGCUCAGGCUCGUAAUCUACAUUGCUUCAAAACUUGUGCCCCGUGAAAGUGGGGUUUGGGAAGAAUUGAAAUUCUUGCUGGAUCAUCCGAGACGUUGCUUCACCUUACUAUUCCCAAACUCUGCAACCUGGUGGCUGUUCUGGAUUCUUGUUAUUCUUAAUGGCCUUGACAUCAUCUUCUUCAUCGUACUGGACCUCCAUGAUUCCGUGCUUACCAGCAUUAAUCCCGCAGGUUACAGGGUUCUAAAUGGGUUGUUUCAAGCUGCGAGUACGCGCACGGCAGGCUUUGCCUCGGUCGAUCUGGCAAAUCUCCAUCCUGGGAUUCAGGUGUCAUACUUGAUCAUGAUGUAUAUUUCUGUCUUCCCAAUUGCUAUCUCCGUACGGCGCACGAACGUUUAUGAAGAGAAGAGUCUUGGGAUCUAUGGAUCGUCGAAAGAAGAGACUGACGAUGAAAAGGAGCCCAGCUAUGUUGGCGCUCAUUUACGUCGACAAUUGAGUUUUGACCUGUGGUACAUUUUUCUGGGUCUAUUCAUCAUCGCGAUUGCCGAGGGCGACCGGCUUUCCAGCACGAACGACUACGCCUUCACCUUGUUCUCGGUCCUUUUCGAGAUUGUUUCGGCUUAUGGAACUGUCGGCCUCUCCCUUGGCUACCCAGGGAUAGACGCAUCAUUUUCCGCCGAGUUUUCCGUGGUAUCCAAGCUCGUUGUAAUUGCUAUGCAGAUCCGAGGCCGACAUCGUGGACUUCCUUACGAGCUGGACCGCGCUGUCUUGCUGCCUAGUGACUCAUUGCACAAAAAAGAGGAUGAGGAUGCAGCCAAGCGAGUACAGAGACGCAAUUCGAGCAUCAGUAAUCUGGAGCCAAUGGGGAGAACAUUGUCGAGUCGGACUCCGACCGUAGGACCAGUAUCCGGGUCCACUUGGCCAGCCAUGGCAGCGCCGGACACUGCGGCAGCUUCAGGUCGUGACGAAGAUGGCAUGAAUGGCACGAAUAGCAGUUUGGAGCAACAUCCAAACCAUUCAGGGCACGCCCAAAAAGGGCUUGGGAAACUGAUGGCUGGAUUGGCUGAGGGGCCGAGGAUCAGAGCACGCGAAUGA